AUGUCUGAUAAGUCGCACAGUGUUAUGCGUUUAGCUGUUCAUUUACCAAAUCAACAACAAAUUGUUUAUCAUAGCGGGCAUGAAGUUGAAGCUGUCGCUCGAGCCUCUACUAGAAACACAACUUUGACAGCAUGGUUUGAGAUUCAUAAAACUGAUGUGGAAGCUUGCAGUUAUUACUAUUCUGAUAUGCCACAUUAUUACGUUUUUGAUAAAAGUAAUAGAUGGAAAAGACGGCAAAGAGGCGGGGAUCAAAUUAUUGGCAGGAUGCCUGUUGUCAGUAUUCAAGACAGUGAACGUUUUUAUUUGCGAAUGCUGUUAUUAAGGAAAUCUGGUGCAAUUAGCUUUGAUGAUUUAAAAACCGUUAAUGGAAAUCUCUGUGCCAGCUAUCAACAAGCAUGUAGAAAACUUGGUUUUCUUGAAGGAGAUGAACACUGGCAUAAUACUUUGUGUGAAGCUUCACAAAUACGUAUGCCGCGCCAUUUGCGAAUGCUCUUUGCUGUUAUCUGCGGAUUCGGAGAAAUUGAAAACAUUCCUGAACUUUGGAGAGAGCAUAGGGAUCUUAGUGAAGAUUUUGCACUCCAAUACUCUGAAGAAACAGCAGUACAGUAUGCUCUUGCUGAAAUUAGUGAAAUGUUAGUAGUUUAUGGAUUAACUUUACAGAAAGUUAACCUUCCAGAAGUCACCUUAUCUGAAAUUCGACAAUGUUUACCAGUCUAA